AUGAAGGUCACUAUUGUUUUUCUAUCAACGCUUGCCUUAAUCUUCUCGGCACCUCAGCCGAGAAAAAACUUUCACAGGCAUGCUGACGACUUCCUGGACCUCAUCCUCGAUGAGUCUUUCGAUGAAAUCUUUUGUAUUAUGGACCGUUACCUCGAAUAUGAGGAGUUCACGAGGAAUUUGGAUUAUUUAGCAUGGAAUUUCAGACACCUUGUGUAUGAAAUUAAACUGCUGCCUGAGUUUAAAGCGAUGACAGACUUUUUGAAACAAGAUAACAUUAGCAUCUGGUACUUCAUUGACCUUCUGGAUGAAAUAAUCGAGGAUCUUCAAGACUUUAGGACGGCUCGGCACUUAGUCAGCGGAAGGAAUAUGACCGCGUUCAUCAAUGACUGCGUCGCGGUAUUCCCACAAAAUAAAUUGACGGGACUUUACAAAUGGAAGAUUGCCAAGGACAAAGAAUUCAGAGUUGCCAUGGAAAACCUACAGAGCGAGGAAUGGAAUCAAAUUUGUGACGCCCUUUGGUCGAAUGAGACUUUCAUUGGGAUAACCAAAAUCCUUAACACGAAUGGAAUUGAUUUACAAGUUCUUGUUUAUGCACUUAAGGCUACGUUUGGACAGUUC